UACCGGGAAACAUAAACAUCAACAAUCUGGUUUUUAUUUAUGUAUUGUUUUGUUUUAGUAGUACUGAAUAUAUAUGAACAAAGUAAAAAACAAAACAAAUGUCGAUGAGUCUAAAUAAUUGGAAAUCUGCAUUUCAUUCGCCGAAUCGAGGUGGUGAGACAAAGCAUGUGGAAGCCCCUGCAUUUCGUCUGGCGCCAUAUGCUGGUGGUGGACUGUACAGACUUUAUCACCUCAUCAAAAUAGACACAGUGCCUGAUCUUCCAGAGUAUGGCAUCCACACCAAUGCUGCGGGCCACUUUACCCCGCAGAGCAGCUGCAUCAUGGGACUGCGUUACAAAGUGAAGAAGAUCCUUGAUUCUAAUGGCCAGUCAUCCGUGGUGGUAUUGGCUCAGGAUCUGUUUCGUGGCGGAGAGAAUGUCGUUGUGAAGGUUCUGCAUUCAAAGUUCUACGCUCUCGGUUUUCAAGAGAGCAGUGUUCUGCAGAGACUGGCAAGGAUGGACCCUCUCAAUCAUUCUCAGACUCUGAGACUGUUGGCUACCCUGACGUUUGACAGCCAUUACUGCCUGGUGUUUGAACCACUUCUGGCUAUGCCACUGACCAGCCUUUUCCAAGACAGGCCACAGUCUCAGCGUCUCCAAGAUAUCAGGAGGGUGGGGCUUCGUCUCCUUUGCUCCCUGGGCUUCCUGCAUCAGCAGAACUUGAUACACACAGACCUGAAACCAGACAACAUACUGCUGAAACAUGCUAGGGAUGUUGACAGUGUACACAUUGUGGAUUUCGGUAACACCCUGCACUGUGUGCACAGCGAGAUGUCACUGUAUUACAAGGAUUUUGAGCUGCAAACACCGCUCUACAGGGCACCUGAGGUGAUGUUUGGUUUGCCGUUUGGUCCGGAGAUCGACAUGUGGUCCCUAGGGUGUAUCCUGGCAGAGCUGUACAUAGGACAUCCCAUAUUCUUGGGGACAUCAAAACAUGAGAUUCUUACACAGAUUGUGAAACUUCUCGGGCCACUGCCUAGUCAGGUAUUCAGACGUGGGAAGUACUUUCACACUUAUGAGCAGUUUACAGAAGAUACCAACGGGCAGAAUGCCACACUACGGCUACACGAACAUCUCAACUGUGGUGACCUCAGCUUUGCCAAUCUCUUGGCUGGACUGUUAGCAUACAGACCAGAGGAUCGUUUGACUGCUGCUGAGGCAUCAAGGCAUCCUUUCUUUGCAAGCUCUCUGCCCCUGAGUUUUCUUAAUAUGCUACCUGGUACAAAGGAUCAAUCCAGGAGCACUUUCCUGACAGAUGUGUACCAAUACAAGCCAAAAGUGUCCCCUGAUAUAAAGAGAAGACAACCCACUUCCAUGGAUUUACUAAAAAUGGGUACAUCAGAGCUGCCCCCCUUAGAUCAAGUGACCAUCAUAAAACCAUCUCCAGUAAAAGGAAAAGUCCCUAACCAAAGCCAUGAAUCGAAUUAUUCUGCAUGCCAAGGGGAGGAAAAAGCUGCUAUAAGUGAUUUGUCUAUGUUGAGAAAUGUGUCCAAGGGAAUUGAGCAUGGAAAAUUCUCUGACAAUAUCAAAAACAAGAUGUCAAAACUUCUGGAAGAGAUCAAGAAAGAACAAAAUUGGGCUGAAGUAGAUUUGGAUAGAAAGCAUGCUCAUGGAAGACUUAACAUGCUUACAGAGUUUGCAACAAAUGUUGAAAGACCUUGUGCGAAGUAUGGGAUUGUGGUUACAAAAGGUAGAUCAUUCGAAGACAAGGGUACACAAUUUACAUGUUCAGCCAGAGAAGACAAAAAACUUUUAUUUACUGAAAACCUUGAGGAAAGAAAAAUGGUCACACAGGUGGAUACUGAAGCAUCUGAAGCUCACAGAAGCAAAGAAACUGAUGAUGGGAUUGCAAGAGGGAACAUCGUGCAAAAUAAGAAUGGAAUCGGCAGAAAACGCACUGCAAAGGAGAGCAUUGAUGUAGAUAAUGACUCAGAGUACAUAGAUCUGUUGUCACCGCCAAUGGGAAAGGAAGGCAAGCAGCAGAUGCCAUCGGACUGUGGCUCGAUAGAAAGGAAAAGACACAUGUAUGGGAGUCACUCAGGUAAAAAGAGGACAAACUAUCCAGCGACAACUGCUGGGCACAAACCCAGACAGUUGCAAGAAAUGAGAACAGAAUGCAGUGGUUCUCAAAAUGAUGAAAACUGCAUCCAAGAAAGAAGGAAUCUUUCAUCAGGCUUUCAGUCCACGGAAGCAAAUCCUGUUGUGUCAGGUGAAAAUGUAGACAAUUAUUCAAGAAAACGCACACACCACAAACAAAACAAUGAAACUGUCUCUAGUGGAGUUUUCAGGAGAAGGGAAAGCAAGGCAGCUUUGUUUGAGGGAAUUUCACAGAACGUUCUUCCUACACCAAUCAAACCUGUUAAAUAUAUGAAGCCCUACAGUUUGGAAAGUCCUGAAAUAAUUUACAAACGGCCUUUGACCGACAAGAAAGAAGCACCUAUCAAUCAAAAUGACAGUGGUUUUAAAAACAUUACAAGUUCUGUAGAUUCUAUUGGACUGAAGUCUUCUAUCAACCGAUAUUCUUCAGAAAACUCUUCCUACAGUUCUGAUUCUGCCAGAGCAUCUCUGAAUACUGCUUCCAACACUGGCAGAAGAAAAUCAAGACCACUCUCCGGUGGGGAAGACAAUACAGAGACGGUGAUAUCGGCACUGUCCCAGCAGCCGACGUCUGUUGACACAUUGCCGACGCCGGCAGAAAAGCCGACCAACGAGCUGCAGAUUGUUGAUGAGAACGGGGAGCCAGUAAACUGGCAAGACGAAACAAGAUACUGCUUGUGCAAUCAGGUCUCGUACUGCGAUAUGGUUGGAUGUGAUAACGAUGAUGUAUGUAUGCAUAUCUGCAGUUUGAUUGUAGGCAAAUUUAUUGUAAUUUGGAAAUUCUUAGUGGUGCUGAUGAUAAUAAUGAUGUUUGCAUGCCCUUAUGUGGGUUGAAUAUAGGAUAAUUUCUUGUGAAUUGCUAAUAAUGCCCAUCUUCCAAGAAGGUGUAUAUUGUUUUGCUGGAUGUUGGACGGUCUGUCUGUCUGUCAACCAGUUCGUUUCCAAUCAAUAACUCGUCAACAAAUUGACCCAUUGGCUUGAUACUUCACAUGUGCAUUGGCCUUGAACAGUAGAUGACCCCUUUUGAAAUUGGGGUCACUAGGUCAAAGGUCACUAUAACACUAAGUGUGAAAAUUGUUUCCAAUCAAUAACUCUUCAACCAAUUGACCGAUUGGCUUGAUACUUCACAUGUGCAUUGGCCUUGGACAGUAGAUGACCCUAUCAAAAUUGGGGUCACUAGGUCAAAGGUCAGGGUCACUCGAAGUGUGAAAAUCGUUUUCAAUCAAUAACUCGUCAACCAAUUGACCGCUUGGCUUGAUACUUCAUAUGUGCAUUGGCCUUGGACAGUAGAUGACCCCUAUUAAAUUUGGGGUCACUAGGUCAAAGGUUAAGGUCACUAUUACACUAAGUGUGAAAAUCAUUUAUGAUCAAUAAUUGUCAACCAAUGGACCAAUUGGCUUGAUACUUCACAUGUGCAUUGGCCUUUGACAGUAGAUUACCGUAAUGACUCUAUAUUUUCGGACACUUACAAAUAUUUUUUUUAUUAAACUUAGAUAUGAAAAAUAUUCACAAAAUACAGGUAUCCGAAAACUUAGUAGAAAAUUGAAGUGUCCGAAAAUAGCGUCAAUUGUAUCAACGACUACCGGUAAUAGCACGCGCUUGUAAAAUACCAUGCCGUAUAGUAUAAAUUACAGUUAUAUAUGUUUGCACUGAAUUUUAAAUGCUUAAUUUAUUCAAAGACCUAUAGAUAUUAUAGG